CGACAAGGAGGCUAAGAAGGGCCAGAGACGUGCCUCGUCCCUGAAAGAGGGCGUCUUCAACAUCAAAGAACUGGAGGAGAAGCAGAUUGAAAUCACACUCCCGAUCGAAACCCAAAAGACCGGAUGGUAAGCCCGUCAUUGUAGCUGUAAAACAUGCCCAGGAGAAAAGAGGGAGCUAACCGGGGAACCAGGAAGCUCAACACCUCGCCAUCGUCGGUCGAGGACAAAGAUAUGCUCAAGCUUCACCUGGUCAACCCUCCAGUCAAGAAAAUUGAUCUGCACUUCCCCUUAGGGUUGGAGGUGACCGCUCGCAACAUGAAGGGCGUCACGAUAAAGGAUGCGCUGGACGCAAUUUACAAGCAGUUCAAAAAGAAGGCCGAUGAUGAAUUGGACAAGCCCUACCUCGCUGGUUUCGAGUGGGACAAGGAGGAGUGCUGGACACGUCUCAUUGUUCACCAGACCAAGCAGGGCCCCCCUCAACAGCCCAGCAAGAAGUCCAAGAAGAAGAAAGCAGAGGAGGCAUAAAGGACGAUCGUUUCGUACUACAAUCUUCAUGCCUGCUAUCCCCCAUUCUAAUGGGUACUUCCACCAUACUGCGUGAUGCUUUGCCUCUUACCUCGCUCUCGGCAUUCCUAGAACAGUGUUUGGGAGUGUCGAGGGAGGAAUCAAACGGGAGGAUGAUUAUCCCUGUAAUCUGCCUUGAAUGUUCUUCAAUCCCAACUCCCUGCUUUCGUUUCGAUUUCGGGGAUCCAUCACUGGCUUCUCCCAUUGAGUUGACUUACUGGGCAUCGGACGAUCUUGUAUCUUCGAGCAACAUUCUUUCAUUCAUACUCAUCAUGGAGACAGAGAAAGCAUACUUAGUUGACUUUAUGAGUGACACUGAUCUGGAGCUGCCGCCUAGUCCCGUACUAGUAGAUGUACUAACUCGCUCGUCAGGCACAAACUAAAGGUGUCUCACUCUUAUCAGCAGCUGACUGCUUAUUAUCAUCAG